CCCAUUAUUGUCUGCAGGUGUUCUCUCUGCAAACCCUUGAUCACAUAUUUCAGCAGCCAUGGCCGAACAAACCGACAACAAGCAGGCUUCUACCUUCACCCCCAUUCACCCCUUUGACAUGGAUGCCCCGAAGACCUGGGGCUCUACCAUCGGUAUGGUGUAAUGAACUAUCGCGUUGACAGAUGGCUAACUGGCUAACUACCGAACGAUAGCUUUGAUGAACUGGGACACUGACAAGAUCGUGUUCUCCAAGCGCUCCCUGUUGGAAUUCCUCAAGUCUGCCGACGUGACUGUCAACCAGAACUUUACUGAAAUCCAGAAGCUACCCAAAUACGCUACGUUUGGCAAGUUCUCUCAGGCCGCUACCGACGCCGCCGUCGCCGACCUUGUUGACGCUGAGAUCGGUGAUCCCACCCACGCCUCCAAUGUACCCUCUUCCAAGGCCACCGUCCCUCGCGGCAAAACCGGAGUCAACAUUUUCCCCGAAGAGUACGAGGAGGAAGACGCCUUGUCCCUCGCACCUCCCAGAGACGGUGGCGACGGUGUCGAUCUGGAAGUGGAGAGGCUUGAGAAGCUGAGGGUCCAUGUGGAGAAGCAGAAGGAGGGCGGAGCUACUAUUGAGGAAGUGACGAAAGAUGCGAGUGGAGACCGAGUCAGCAACCCUCCCCCUGGUUUCAAGCCCACCAGGAAGGUCACCCAGGCCCCUGGCGGCAAGUCUUCUGUUGGGUCUAUCUUGUUUGGCGACAACUAGAUGUCAUAGAAGAAGCUGAACGGCAGCAU